AUGACUACUUCAAAAUCAAAUUUAUUUAAACCAAUCAAAGUUGGUAACGUUACUAUCAAACAUAGAAUUGCUCAUUUACCAACAACCAGAAGUCGUGCUACAUCCGAACAUGUUCCAACAGAUUUAAUGAAAACUUAUUAUACAGAUCGUGCUAAAAAUGGAGCAUUAAUUAUUUCUGAAGCCACUUUAAUUUCAUUAAAUCAAGGUCUUUAUCCAAAUGUUCCAGGAAUUUUCACUAAACAACAAUCUCAAGCAUGGAAAGAAAUUGUUGAUUCUGUUCAUUCUGUUGGUGGUAAAAUUGCCAUUCAAUUAUGGGCAUUAGGUAGAGUUGGUAAUGCUAAACUUUUAAAAUCUCAUGGAUUACCAUUAACUGGAGUUAGUCCAAUUUAUGAACAUGAAAAAGCAGAAAAAGAUGCUAUUGAUGCAGGGAAUCCUAUUCAAGAAUUAACACAAGAACAAAUUAAAGAUAUCAUCUAUAAUCAAUAUACUAAUGCUGCUAAAUUAGCCGAAGAAGCUGGAUUUGAUUUCAUUGAAUUACAUGGUGCUAAUGGUUAUUUAAUUGAACAAUUCAUCCAUCCAGCAACUAAUCAAAGAACUGAUAAAUACGGAGGUAGUAUUGAAAAUAGAUCAAGAUUCUUAUUUGAAUUAAUUGAUCAUUUAUCUACUGUUAUUGAUCCAUCUAAAUUGGCAAUUAGAUUAUCUCCAUUGAAUGAUUUCCAAGUUCCAGAAAUUAACCCAACUGCAGAAGAAGAUUUCACUUAUGUUCUUGAAGGUUUACAACAAAGAGCAGAUGAAGGAAGAGGGUUAGCAUUCAUUGAUGUUGUUGAUGAACGUUAUAAUCCAGAUGGUACAAUCAGACCAAGAACAGUUGAAUUUGUUGAUAAAGUCUGGAAAGGAGUAUUGUUAAGAGGUGGUAGUUUUACUUAUGAUAAAAAAGGUGAUUGGUCAACUAUUCAAAAAGUUGCUGAUGCUGAUGAUAGAACUUUAAUUGGUUUUGGUAGACAUUUUAUUGCUAAUCCUGAUUUACCAGAAAGAAUUAAAAGUGGAUAUGAAUUAAAUGAAUAUGAUAGAUCUACUUUUUAUGCUGGUUAUAACUAUGGAUAUAAUACUUAUCCUUUCCAUGGACAAGUUCUUAAAGUUGACCCAGAAGAAAAACUCGCUGGUGUUGCUUUGGCUUAG